UUAAAUCGAUUGUUAACCAAGGAACCGGUCAAUUGAACUGGAACAACCCGGUUUAAGCUUAUAUAUAUACAUUGCCUCGCUCAUGACUCAGUAGUCAGUUACACACUGUCACUGAGUCUGCGUUUGCUUCUUCUUCUCCUUCUAGAUCUGAUCUGAUCACGCCCAAGGUUUCAAAAAGUCUUUGGCUUUAUACAAUAUGGGUCGUGGAAACAGCUGUGGUGGAGGUCAAAGCUCUCUCAAUUAUCUCUUUGGCGCUCCUCCUGCUCCUAAGCCCACCGCUCCAGCUCCUCCUGCCGAGACUGCUUCACCAGCACCAGCAGCUGUGGCUGUAACCGCUACAACUACAGUUGAGCCUGCAGAGCUCAACAAGCAGAUCCCUGCUGGUAUCAAAACUCCUGUUAACAACUAUGCCCGUUCUGAAGGACAGAACACCGGAAACUUCAUCACUGACCGUCCUUCGACCAAAGUUCAUGCAGCUCCUGGAGGUGGAUCGUCUCUGGAUUAUCUCUUCACUGGUGGCAAGUAAACAAAAACAAUAACAUUUGUAUGUAAUGCAAUUGUGUAUCCCUCUUGCAUUCCCUCACUAUAAAACGGUUCCAUGUGAGCAUUUAAACGAUAACGAGUCAGUUUCUUGUCAACCUCUUUGUUUUGUAAUAUUCCGCUGAAUAUUCAAAUAAUUUGAAUCAUAAACUUACAAUGCAAGUUCAACUAAA